AUGAAGGAAGGCUCGUCGCUGGUGAAGGUUCGCAGCAGCGGGCGUCAGUAUCACAGAUACUUCCGCCUGCUCGACGACCUGUCAGCCAUACACUGGACGCCCUCUACCAAGAAGACGGCUAAAGCUCAGGUGAACAUCGCACAGAUCCACGAAGUUCGCACCGGGCGCAACUGCGCAUCCCUGCGUCACCAGCAGCACCCGCAGCGCUUCCCCGAGGACCGCAUCUUCAGCGUCCUGUACGGCCCAGACUACCGCAGCCUCGACCUCAUCGCCUACACUCCUGAGGAGGCCACCGUCUGGGUCACUGGCCUCAACGCCCUCAUCGGCGACGCCUCUUCUCCAGACGCUCCCGAUGUCGACAUUGUUCCGCUCCGGGACCGAUGGCUCCUACAAGUGUUCAACGAGGCCUGCGGCUCACAAUCCGGCUCCUUGGAUCAGGAAUCUUGCCUCCAGCUCAUCCAACGGCUCGAUAGCACCAUCGAGGCAGAGAGGAUAUUGCAUAAAAUCCAGGAGUAUGAGGCGUGUAAGCGCGAGGGCUGCAGAGGGCGGCUGGGGCCCGCGGAGUUCGUGAGGCUCUACAAGGACCUGGCGACGCGACACGAGAUCUGCUGUCUGCUCAUUAGAUUUGCAAACAAGGAUUACUUAACGAGCGACGACCUCCAGGUCUUCUUGGAGGGCGAACAAAGGAUGUCUGGCGUGGGGGCGGCGCAGAUCGAGGCUCUCAUCGCGCGCUAUGAGCCGUCGGCGGAGGCGCGGGCGAACCUGCAGCUCCACGUUGAUGGCUUCACAAAGUACCUGCUCAGCGACGAGUGCGACGUGUUCGACCCACAGCAGCGCAGCGUGAGUCAGGACAUGACGCGGCCGUUGACAAACUACUUCAUCUCGUGCAGCCACAACACCUUCCUGCUGGAGGACCAGGUCAAGGGUCCCUGCAGCAUCGACGGCUACAUCAGGGUUCUCACCUGUGGCUGCCGCUGCGUCAAAGGCUUCACAAAGUACCUACUCAGCGACGAGUGCGACGUGUUCGACCCACAGCAGCGCAGCGUGAGUCAGGACAUGACGCGGCCGUUGACAAACUACUUCAUCUCGUGCAGCCACAACACCUUUCUGCUGGAGGACCAGGUCAAAGGUCCCUGCAGCAUCGACGGCUACAUCAGGGUGCUCACCUGUGGCUGCCGCUGCGUCAAAGUGGACGUCCACGACGGGCCGACAGAGCCGCUGGUCUACAACGCACGGGCCCACACGUCUCACGUCACCUUCAGGGACGUCAUGGAAGCCAUUGCUACUUUCUCCUUCGAUUUUUCUCCGUACCCAGUCAUUGUGCACUUGGAAACGUACUGCAGCCUUUCCCAGCAGAGAGUUAUGGCCGAUAUCCUAGAGACGGUCCUCGGGCCCUUGCUGUAUAGGCCUAACGAGGAGGUCUCAGCAAUCGAAUUGUCACCUCACCUCCUGAGGCACAAAAUCUUGCUCAAGGGUAAGAAGCUACGUGACGAAAGUGUGUGCGAGGGCGACGUGAGCGACGAGGAUGACGAGGGUAACGAGGGCAAAAAUUGCGGCAAACCCUUUCCAAAGCGGCAGCUCUGUGUGGAAUUGAGUCGACUCAUAGGACUCAAUCGACGGAGAUACGAUGAACGAGAGUUGCCGGACUGCCAGAGCUUAAGCGAAAGCUCUGCUGCCCGGGCGUGUCAGAGCUGUCCAGAGCAACUGGUUAAACUGAACAAGUCUCUGCUGACGCGGGUUUACCCAGACGCCUCCAGAGAAGACUCGUCCAACUACAACCCCCAGGAUUUCUGGAAUGCGGGGUGUCAGCUGGUAUCGCUCAACUUCCAAACACCGGGCCAAAUGAUGGACGUGUACGAAGGAAAGUUCCGGGCGAACGGUGGCUGUGGCUACGUCCUCAAGCCGGCCGUAAUGCGCGACCACAUCUCUGUCUUCUCCGUGGCCACCAAGGACCCCAUCCCGGGGGUUAUCCCCCAGCUCCUCAAGAUAAAGAUCAUCAGUGCACAGUCGCUGCCUAAACCGCGAGGUUCGACGGCGUCCAAAGCUUCGUUCGUGGACCCUUACGUUGUGAUCCAAGUGUUCGGGAUACCCGCAGACUGUAAAGAAUUCCAGACUCGGACUGUGAGGAACAACAGCAGAUUUCCGGUGUUCGAGGAGAGCUUCAACAUCGAGAGAGAUGUGUUAUGUAUGAUGGUGCUGGAGCGCCGCCCCCCCGGCCCGCUGCCCCCACACCUCCACAGGCUGGAGACCGCACUCAACCAAUUGCUGCAGGAGAUUCAGACGUUCCUGGCGACGGUAAAGACAGACCAGCAGGAUCUGCAGACGUGCCUGGAGCCUGCGCUGCAGCUGUACGACAAGCUGGACGCCUUGCUGCUCAGUUCAGGCGUCAGGGGCAAGAAGGCGAACAAGGCGCGGGAAAACUUCGCCUUCAACGUCAGGAUCGCGCGGGGCCAGCUCGACAAACUUGCGGCCGCUGCUGAGCGCUGCCGCGUGGCGCUCGAACAGUUGGAGUCAACGCGGGCGACACUGUCGAGCCUCAACCGCCGCGACCGCAGCUCCAGCGUCCGCGGCCGCCACCGCCUCACCCUCGCCAACCGCCACCACACCACCGACAACCUCACCUCCUACGGCAGCCUGGGCCGGGCCACAACCUCAACCCCGCUCUCCUCAUCCCCAUCAUCCCAACACCUCACGCCCCCCAAAAGCAUCCUCAAGAAGAGCAACUCGAACAUCGAGUCCGGCUCUCUUACGUACGUCGGCCUAUCCUUCCCUCAGGACUUCCCGCACGACUUCACGGCCUUGACCGUAGGGGACGACCCUGUUUCUCUUAGCGGGUCAUCAUUGAUGGACGAUGAUGAUGACGAUGACGAUGAUGAAGAUGAAGAUGGUGAUGACGAACGACAAAUGAUGAACAGUGAACGUUUUCAGACGUCGGGACAGACUACAGUACAACAGGGACAGAGCGCUGCUUCGUAG